UAACUUGCUUUGUGUACGUUUUAACAAAUGCUACCAAAACAAUAUCGGACCGUUUAAAUUAACGAGUACAUGGGUAUGGUGAACUAAGUACAUGCUCAUGUAUGCAUAACAUAUCGCGAAAUAGACGUCUCACUAUAGAAAAUUAAGAUUAAUUAGGUAUUAUAUAUAGAUAAAAAUAUGAAAUAAUGUGGGAAAUAACGGCGGUCCGUGAAGAUAAAAGUUGAAGCAAAAGGUCAAUCGAUGCUAAAUACAAUCCAUGGGAGCAUUAAUGACCAAGAAGGUUCCACCGGCCCCUAAGCGGCGCCGCAAGGCUGGAGGUCACGUGACCGACUACAAUCCGAAUCCGGUGCGGAAGAGGCCCCGGACCAGUAAGAGUUGGCGAGACGCCCGAUACAUCACGAACCUCUGUCAGCAAGGACGCAGCGCAACCAUGGUUGACCUUACCCAAGCCGGGCGAGAUCAACAGAAACAGAUCAAUAAAAACCUUCCACCGCCGAGAUGGCAGAGCAAGUGGGAGGUAGACAUGCGGCCCGACCCCAAUGACAUCAGUGCCGCCGUGAAAUCCAAGACCACACUGAAACCAUGGAAGAGCAUGCCGAUACCGACGACCGCGGAGUCCACCGAUAAGAGCACGGCGGCAAACUCCCGAAACACGAGUCGUCGGGGCCGGCGACGGCGACCGCAAGACCGGCGCUCAGGUCUAGCGUCUGCGCGCUCCAACAUGACAGCCGUCGAGGAGACUGAGAAAUUCGAGCGUGUGAGCGUCUCCUCGAUACAGAUGGACGGCUUCAGCAUGCUGUACAAGACAGACGCGCGCACGGACAGCGUGUUCGACAUGACCUUGCGCCUGUGGCAGGUGGAACCCAAGAAGCGAGGUCUCAAGUGGUUUCUGGCGGAUACACACCAUACUAAGGAGCAGCACCCCAGCGAGAUUGUACAGCGCUCCGUGAAACCCUACACGUCCAUUGUGAAGACGAUCUCGCAUAAACCGAUUCAACCAACCAUUGUAGAAGAGGAUUAGGGAUAUGGAGCGUCAAUAUUUGCAUGUAAUUAGUGAGACAAAUAAUAUUGGCUUACAGUGUUCAUGUACGCUCUGGAUCUGAAAUUAUAUACAAUCUUCAAUCUACAAUUGCUUUUUAGUAAGUUAUUUGAUGUGAAUAUUGCACAACAUAUUUUUGCUGUAUUUCUCUGCAUUAAUUAUGAU